AGCACUGACAAAAACCCACUAAACCCAGAAAGCGUCCAUACAGUUCGCAAAUGGAGAUGGAGAUCGAUCCACCGACGGCCGAACUCCAAAUCAAAGACGAAGACUUGUUCAGAGCCGCCGAAUCAGGCGAGGCUUCGCUCUUCAAAUCUCUCUCUCAAGAUCAUCUCCUCAAAGUCCUCUCUCUACGAAACGAAGACGACCGAUCCCUCCUUCACGUCGCCGUCUCCUUUGGCCAAGCCCAGGUGGUGGAGAUACUAUCAGCUGCUGAUCCAUUGGUUAGCGGUGUAAACAGUACUGAUGAGGAAGGCUGGUCACCGCUACACUCUGCGUCUAGCAGUGGGAAUCUGGAAAUUGUGGAGAUUUUGGUUGGAAGAGGAGCUGAUGUUAAUUUGAAGAAUGAUGGUGGUCGCACUGCUCUUCACUAUGCUGCUAGCAAGGGUUGGCUGAAAAUAGCUGAAAUUUUGCUUUCACAUGGUGCAAAAGUCAAUUUGAAGGACAAGGUUGGAUGCACCCCAUUGCAUCGUGCAGCAAGCACAGGGUACUCAGAGGUGUGUGAACUCUUAAUUGAGGAAGGAGCAGAGGUUGAUGAUGUUGAUAAAGCAGGUCAAACUCCUCUUAUGAGUGCAGUGAUAUGCGAUAAUAAAGAGGUUGCUCUCCUCCUCAUAAGACAUGGAGCAAAUGUGGAUGCAGAAGACAACGAAGGGUACACUGUGCUUGGUCGAGCUUCUGCUGAUCUUAGACCAAUAUUAGUCGAUGCUGCACAGGCCAUGCUUGAAGGAUGAACUUGAUGGAAGGGCUACUGAAUUUAUAGAGGAAAAACUCUGGUCAUGGAAUCCUACUGGUCUUCUUUUUCUUUUCAAUGUGCAAUUUGUCUGAUUUUCGACAAGUCUAUUUGACCAAUGAAAGGAGUAGUAUUCUCUUUUAUUCCAAUCGUGCAUGGUCGAGACUUAAAAUUUGUGUUUCUUUAUACGCAGAAUUUAUCUCAUAGCAGCCUAUGUAGAACCUUUAAUUGGUUACCCACCUUGACACAGGUAAAAAAGUUGUUAGUUAUCUGCCAUGUAUGCAUGGUAGCAUCACUUUGGUUU